UUAAAAAUUUGCAGUUUUAUUCUGGGUGUCCACAGCAGUUUAACCAUGAGGUGGCACUCUUCUCCUCUAUGUGUUCUCCUCUUCACCACAUUGAUUGGAUGGCUGAUGGCUUCAGGACUCAAGAUCUGUGCCUUCAAAAUGGAUCGUUUCAAUUCCAACAAACUGUCGAACUCCAGACUGAAGUACACUAUGAUGCGGAUCCUUUCUCACUGUGACAUCACUCUCCUGCAAGGCGUGAUUGAUCCUGAUUUGUCAGUGGCCAAGACUCUGACAGCUGCUGUUAACAGGUACAGUCAAAGGUACAAGGAUUCACUCUUUAACUACGUGUCCAGUGAGGGUCUGGGGAAGGACAAGCAGCGCUACCUGUUCAUCUACAGGAAGAAGAUGGUGAAUGUGACUGAUAAGCAUCAGUAUGUCAACUCGACCUUUCUGAGACCGCCGUUUAGUGUCAAGUUCCAGAGCAGCAAAACCAAGAUUCAGGUCUUUGCUCUCGUCCCUCUGCACGCUGAUCCGGCUCAUGCCGUCCAGGAGAUCGAUAAACUUCUUGACGUCUGCCGGGAAGUCCAACAGAAUUUCAACACUUCGAACCUGAUGCUUCUGGGAGAUUUCCAUGCAGGCUGCGCCCACAUGACCCGGCCUGACAAGAAACGCAUUCGGCUCUUCAGUGACCCCAAAUUCUUCUGGCUGAUAGGAGAUCGAACAGACAGCACCGUGGAUGAGAAGACCAGCUGUCCAUAUGACAGGAUUGUAGUUUACGGGAAAACCUUCUUGAAGUCCAUCAAAGCCUUCUCUACCAAAGUCUACAAUUACGCCAAGGAAUUCAAGGUGCCCAAAAACCAGGUCAUGCAGUUGAGUCAGCAUUUCCCUGUGAUGACUGUUCUGAAGAGCUCCGCCCACCUCUACCAGGCCACCCCGCUUCUGCUGGUCCUGUCUGUGGUCCUGUGGGCUGCUCAGUUGUCUCUGUAACCAGAAUGUCGCCUCGAACCGAGCCGCGGUUCUGAUCUGCUUCUGGAGGAUUUUACUCAGUGCCAAAGUCUGAUGAAUUUUCAGAAGAAAGUCAGUAAACCACACCAGAAGCCAAACUAAAGAUUUAGAAUUUUUCUCAUCACAAAGGUUCUGAUGAAAUUUAAUUGUAUUAAUUAAAGUAGGACACGCCCCCUCUUGGGCGGGGCCAGAUGACGUGUUUGUUUGGUGUCAUUUAUUUUGCUCUUGAUUUAUAAUUUUUAUUUUUUUUAAACCAGUAUUUCCUGAAGCUUUAAGUACAAAGUAAUCAGAAUUUAACACAGAAUUUCUGACUUCAUUCUGACUUUUUUGGGGGUCUGUUUUAUCUUUGUUUCCAUUUUUGUCAAAGAUUGUAAUUAUUAUUAUUGUAAUGUUUUUUUGUUGAACAUAACUCUGUGUGGGCUGGGAAUUGGACCACUGCCUCUGCGGUGUUGGUGCCUUGCCUGUGGGCAGGUGGCACAGCUGUGACGGGUGAUAAGCUUUUUAUUUGUCUUUCACAGCUCAUCCAGGUGGUGAAUAAUUUGCUUCAUUUUGUGAGAUUUUUUUAUAUAAAGUUUUUCAUUUGUAUUAGGAUUUAUGUUUUCAUACACGCAAACAUUUUCAUAAAUUAUAAUUUUAA